CCGCGAAAGGGUGUGCGUUUUGAAGGUUGUAUGAAGCUCAACACCACAACAGAAGUGAACACUCGCCACUUGGCUUGACAACCCCGGGACAAGCCUUUAGAAGCUGGGGCGGAACACACACCCCUUGGUCUUCCCCCCAUCCUCCCUCUGAGCUGAGACGCCUCACUCAAGGUCUUGUCCUCCUGGGUGCACAGUGGACACACAGCAUAGGCGGACAGUGACAUCUAAAAAAAAGUUGAAAUAGAUACGAUACACGGGCAAAAUGCAAUGUGGCAGCCCCGUGGCUUCUCUUCAAGGUCAGUAUCUGAGCGUCGCCGCCGCCGCCUCACGGACGAGUAUCUUGGGCAGUGAGGAGGAAGACGAGGCGUGGAGGGGAUGCCGCCGUGUCUCGCUCGCCUCCAGCAUCAACAGGGACAUCUUUCACCGACAGGGACAUUGAAUACUCACCGACAAAGAAACUUGUGAAACACCGCGGCGAGAACAAUUACAGAAGUUUCCUGUUUACAACACUAUCAUCUGUGCUGUCGAGACAAAUUCACUCCCUCCUGCAUUUAGACAUUUCCUGCUCUCUCCCAGCGGACGGCCUGUGACGUAUGGACUGUUCACCUGUACUACAAGAAGGACGCUGACGUGAAGCUGGCUUUCGUUACCUGACAGAAUGGACACCUAAAGUCUGUGAAAAUGUGUCAUGUAACGAAGUUGUAACCAGUUUAGCUUGACACAACUUCCUCGAACUCGCUUGUGUGACUCCUGAGAAAUAAUUACAUCGCUUUAAAGUUUUUUUUUUUUUUUUGUUUGUAGCCUACUUGGGGAAAAAAAAAAAAAAAUGCCUUCGAGAGCAGGUCCACACAGCCCGGCCGGGGUCGGGAAGAGUUUACCUGAGAGGGGUCUUCUCCUCCUGCUGAUGGUGUUUGUGUUUCUGGAGGGCUCCGUGCUUCCUCUCGGAGCUGCCAGCUCGCCGGAUAUCAGCCACAAGGAAAACGUAGACAAUCACCAAGUGGCGGCCGUGGUACACAACAACACUAAAAAGGCUUUUCCUGUGCUCGACCUCGACUACAAGCACGUACAGACCCCCUUUGAAAUCUCAUUAUGGGUGCUGCUCGCCUCUUUAAUGAAAUUAGGGUUCCACCUGAUUCCUCGCCUGUCUGGUAUUGUGCCAGAGAGCUGCCUGUUGAUCACUGUGGGCCUGCUGGUGGGGGGGCUCAUCAAACUAGCUGGAGAGCAGGUCCCCCCAGUGCUGGACUCCAGAUUGUUCUUCCUCUGCCUGCUGCCUCCCAUCAUCCUGGAUGCUGGCUACUUCCUGCCCAUCCGAGCCUUCAUGGACAACCUGGGCACUAUCCUGAUGUUUGCUGUCGUGGGGACCUUGUGGAACGCCUUCUUCAUCGGGGGGCUUCUGUACGCCGUGUGUCAGAUCCAACCAGCCAAUCCAAAUCCUCUCCACACGUUGGAGCUGCUGCCCUGCCUGCUGUUCGGCUCCAUCGUCUCAGCUGUAGAUCCUGUUGCUGUGCUGGCUGUGUUCGAAGAGAUCCACAUUAAUGAACUGUUGCACAUCCUGGUGUUUGGCGAGUCGCUGCUCAAUGAUGCGGUCACUGUGGUGUUGUACCACCUGUUUGAGGAGUAUUCAGGUCAAGGCACAGUGACAGUAAUGGACUGCUUCCUGGGUGUCCUCUCCUUCCUGGUGGUUGCAUUGGGCGGUGUUCUAGUGGGAGCCAUCUACGGGAUCCUGGCCGCCUUCACCUCUCGCUUCGCCUCCCACACGCGUGUCAUCGAGCCACUCUUUGUCUUCGUGUACAGCUACAUGGCCUACCUGUCUGCUGAGAUGUUCCACCUGUCUGGAAUCAUGGCAUUGAUAGCAUGUGGAGCGGUGAUGCGACCCUAUGUGGAGGCCAACAUAUCCCACAAGUCCCACACCACCAUCAAGUACUUCCUGAAGAUGUGGAGCAGCGUCAGCGAGACGCUCAUCUUCAUAUUUCUGGGCGUGGCAACGGUGGACGGACCUCACGCCUGGAACUGGACCUUCGUCACCGUCACUGUCAUCCUGUGUCUGGUGGCUCGGGUCAUUGGUGUGAUUGGUCUGACGUAUGUGAUCAACCAGUUCCGCAUUGUCAAGCUGACAACGAAGGACCAGUUCAUCAUCGCCUACGGUGGCCUGCGAGGGGCCAUCGCCUUCUCCCUCGGUUUCCUGCUCGACAAGAAUCACUUUCCCAUGAGAGAGAUGUUCCUCACCGCCAUCAUCACUGUCAUCUUCUUCACUGUCUUCGUUCAGGGCAUGACCAUCAAACCGCUGGUGGAGCUGCUGGCAGUGAAGAAGAAACAGGAGGCCAAACGCUCGAUUAACGAGGAAAUCCACACCCAGUUCCUCGACCACCUUCUGACUGGAAUUGAGGACAUUUGUGGACACUAUGGUCACCACCACUGGAAGGACAAACUCAACCGCUUCAACAAGAAGUACGUGAAGAAGUGCCUGAUCGCGGGCGAACGCUCCAGGGAGCCGCAGCUCAUCGCUUUCUACCACAAGAUGGAGAUGAAGCAGGCCAUUGAGCUGGUGGAGAGUGGAGGGGGAGUCAAUCUGCCUUCUGCUGUGCCUUCCACUGUUUCCAUGCAGAACAUCCAGCCCAAGAAGCCUCCUCCCGCCAAGCCCGCAGAGAGAGCCCUGCCCCAGCUGCCUAGAGGUCGCGAGGAGGAGAUCAGGAAUAUCCUCAGGGGCAACCUGCAGAGGACGCGACAGAGGCUGCGCUCCUACAACAGACACACUCUUGUGGCUGAUCCGUACGAGGACGGCUUCGGUGACUUCCUCCUCAAGAAGCAGAAGAUGAUUGAACUGGAGAAGAAGAUUAAAGACAUGAACAACUACCUGACGGUGCCCGCUGCUCCACCAGACUCCCCCACCAUGUGCAGAGCCAGACUGGCCUCAGGCAAAGAUUCUGAUUUCAAACCUGCUCAGCAGCAGAAAGGGAGCAAAAUCUGUCCAGACCCUCAAGCCUACAGGGGGAAGCCUGACUCAGACAACGUGCCCACCAUCCACGUGGACCUGGCCUCCCCUCAGUCUCCAGACUCGGUCAACAUGAUGGAUGAGUUCAGACGGGCCGGCCAGCAGCAGAAGCAUCAGCAGCAGGAAGAGAACCAGGGCCUCAUGAUGAAGCCUCCCUCAGGGCAGAGUGGACCUAAAAAGCCCGGCGAGGCGGACUCAGACAGAGACCAGCAGAAGCUGACGAGGUGCCUGAGCGACCCCGGCCCCAGCGCGGACGAGGACGAGGACGAGCCCUUCCUGCCUUGAAUCACAGGCCGGAGACAGAGGGUCAGACUGAACGCAUGCACCUUCACUAGUUAGAGGAGCUGCUUCACUGCGCUGCUCUACAUAAUCUCUGUGGUUCAGAAACCAAACAAAGCCAAAACUGCUAAAGCUGUACAAACCAGGGAGAGAAAUGAGAGUGAGAAGAGAGGGAAAAAAAGAGCCAUUACUUUAUUAUUUUCAAAGCUCAAAGCUAAUUUUUCAGACAUGAAUGAAGGAGCAGCUGCUGCUAUCUGAGAGACAGUUUGAUAGUCUGAGACAUUCAGGAAAGAACUAUGCAUUACCAAAGGUUUGGACUGUUUCAAUGUCAGAUUAAGUCUUCUUUGUUUAGUUUUUCAGAUUGUCUUUCCUUUUUCAACGAUGGCAGAGUUGAUGGUUUUUAUGUUUGUUUGUUAUGCAGUCAUACUGGACCUAUUGUCCUGCAUACAAUCACCAAAUCAAACUUAUUUCAAUCCAUUGUUCACCUUCAAACAUAGAACUUAAUUUUGAGGUGUUUGUCUGAUAUCUCACCAGAACUGUGCUUUCUUUCUGUCACUUGAACUUGCUGGAUGUUCAAACUUUUGGGGCCAGAUUUACUAAAGGUUUGCGUGUCUUAAAACGUGUGCAAGCUUGAUACCACCAGCAAAAAAAGUGCUAUCUGAUCUACUAACGGCGCGCAGUGAGGAUUGCGUCUUUCAAAUGAGCAAAACAACACGCAUUGUCCAUUUAGUAUGUUUGCCUUAAUGAAUAUGCAAUAUGGGGCGUUUCUGCCCUAACGUGCAAAAUACUGGGAGGAGAAAAUGCAAACAAGUUAAGUUAGUACACGCAUUGCGAUUUACCAAGCCUGACAAAAAUUGCGGUGAUUGUGACGGUGUCUGUAUUUAACACCUUUUGAAAGAAACGUGCUAAUCCAGGAGACCAGCGUUACGCACAACAGGCUGCUGUUAUUGAAGUUAGGAGGAGACAUAGGCACAACAAAAGAAGGCAUACAGAUCGCGUUUUCCCCCACAUGUGUUUACGUGUUUCAAAUGACAGAAAAAUAAAUGGCAUGCAUUUAUUUUUUUAAUUUGAUUCAAUAUUCUAAUCGUUAAGGAAGAGAAACACCAUGAUUAAACUACAGGCUUGUUGCUAUAUAGCCAAAGAAAACUGAACAUUCACAGCCUCUGCAUUCUAUAGAAUUUCAACAUUGACAUUUAUGUCUUCCUAUUUCCCUCUUCUCGCCAACAUUACAUUUUACACUGGGGAUUUCCUUUUUCUCGGGUCGCACGUCUCUCCCCCAGCUCGCCCCCUCCGGUGCGCUCCUCUCCAUAAUACGCUCGUCACCUCCCUCUAAAGCCCGCUGCUGCUGCUACUCUGUAGGACGCUUGGAUUGGGGGACCUCACCACUGUUUGUACCCCCGUCUUCGAUCCCAGGGCAUUUAUGUCCGAUCAGACACAGCGCUGGCCAGCUGUCUGGUGCGCAACAACGGCCCGAGUGUAGAGCGCCCGGUCCACAGAGGAAACAGCUCGCACCUCCUGCGCAAUGUAUGACACUUCAUUCUUAAGAUUAAGGGAAGAAAAGAGAGGCCCUGUUUAAUGCCGAGGUUUUCUUAUAACCCAAAUUUUCUUUGUAAUAUUCAGAUUUAUCUCCUAUAACUCGAAAGUACUGUGCAUUUAUUUGCCUCUUCCACCGAUAGCUAUUUUGCGCUUGCAGUCAUCCUGCUUUCCGUCCAAACUCUCUGUGAUGUAAACCAGUAGAACACGCAAAAGCCUAACUUAGAUAGUACCGCCUCCACAAGGUUUGCACCUGGUGUCAUUCACGCACAUUUUCUUAGUAGAUCACCCGCAAAACGCCCACCAACCAAACGUGCAAACUUUUGGAGUGAACACGCAAUUUAGUACUCUUUAAUUGGGAGCUUAGUAAAUCUGGCCCUUAGAGCGUAGCUACUCUCAAAAUAUUUGGCCUUAUUUUAUGUCUAACCUUGUUUCACUUGGUGCAUUUUUAUCUUGUUUUAAGUUCAGGGGUUCAUCUUAUCUUACUGCAGUCAGUUAACUUGUAUUUGGGGAGCUCGGGAGACCGACAAGAGAUGCAGCACAGAUGUUUUGAUGUCAGGGAUAAGCCCUCUGUAAGUCAAAUCACGUCUCAUUUCUGUGUCGAUGCUUUAUGUUUUACCUCAACGUUAGAACUCCCUUUAAAACUCACUCAAGUAGGUUUAAAAUGUGCCCAUUUCAAACAGCUGAUUUGAAUUCAUCACAUCGAUAUAAUGAACAUGAACUGUCUUCAACGUGCUCAUUUCCAUCUUUCAGUUUCCUUAACGGCCUUUAUGAGAAGUAUUUUUGUUCUUUUUCACAGUCCAGCUCAUGAGGGACACAGAGUGAAGGUUAGAUCGUACACUCAUGGCAUAUCAUGACAAAAAAAAGACAUAUAUAUAUAUUCUAUGCAGAACAGAUGUGACAUAUGUAAAGUAAUGAUAAUAUCCUAUAUUUAUGAACACCCUUUAAAACAGAAGUCUUAUAAUCUUGUCACCAUGCGACACAUUGACACAAACCUCUGCAGAAGUCGAAGCUUACAUCCAACACGGGGCAUUCAAACUAACACUCACAGGAGUAACAUGUUUUUUUACACAUCUGAUCAAGUCUGUGAAUCACCUGCAGGCAUGAGGACGUAGCUUAGGGUGUUCUCCUUCACUGUACUGUAUAACGCACAGUGUGUAUAUCCCGUGUAAAUUCCACUGCACAUGUUUGUACAGUCAGCUGCUCAGAGAAUAGGAAAAAAAAAACAUGUUUUUAAUUGUUGUGAUAUAUUUGCAGAAUGAUACACAUA